UGGGACGUUCAAGAGAGAGAGAGAGAGAAGAAGCCUUUAUAUCAUCCCCGUCAGUCCGUCAACGCUCGCUCAGUCCAUCUCCAGCUUCCCAUCUGCUCUGACAGACGCAAUUGACAACUUCCCACGUCUUACUUGUGGUACUGGCUGCGAACUGAUUACAUUGCCCUGUCGAUUCCGCCCAGCUCCGUCGAGCUGCCCUGCUCUACCACACUCAUCAUCGCAUCCGGAUUGCUGGUCUUGCUACCAACCCAGAAAACCAUAUCUUCCCCCCCUCCUCGCACACGUCACUCCUGCGCAGUGUCUUCACGGGACGCUCGGUGCAAUUCGAUAAAUCCAACCAUCCUUGCUUUGCUACCUCAGUCCAGCUAUCCUUCCAUCGAACCCCGCCCUCAAGGCAGACCAGCCAGCAUCCACCAUGCAUCGCACGUAUUCUAUGCGCCAGACGCGCGCUCCAACCGCUGCCCAGCUGGAGAACCCACCGCCUCCGCCAUCGUCGACCAAGACCGGUCGGAUCUUCGGAAAGGGUGGCUUUGGCCAUGCUUUUCGCAAGUCGGCCGCCGGCGCUUUCGGACCGGAUCUGGCUAAGAAGCUCUCGCAACUGGUGAAGAUGGAGAAGAACGUCAUGCGCAGCAUGGAAUUGGUGGGAAGAGAGAGGAUGGAAGUUGCGCAACAACUUUCCAUCUGGGGCGAGAACUGUGAUGAGGAUGUCUCCGACGUCACUGAUAAGCUGGGGGUCUUGAUCUACGAGAUUGGAGAGCUCGAGGACCAGUUCGUCGACCGUUAUGACCAGUACCGCAUUACCAUGAAGAGCAUUCGCAACAUUGAGGCUUCUGUGCAGCCCAGCAGAGACCGCAAGCAAAAGAUCACCGACGAAAUUGCCAAGCUCAAGUACAAGGAGCCCAACUCCCCCCGGAUCGUCGUCCUCGAGCAGGAGCUGGUUCGUGCGGAGGCCGAGUCCCUGGUCGCUGAGGCUCAGCUCUCCAACAUCACACGAGAGAAGCUGAAGGCUGCCAUGAACUACCAGUUCGACGCUCUCCGCGAACAUUGUGAGAAGGUUGCUAUCAUUGCCGGCUACGGAAAGCAUCUCCUGGAUCUCAUCGAUGACACGCCCGUGACUCCCGGAGAGACCCGCCAGGCCUAUGAUGGCUACGAGGCCAGCAAGGCGAUCAUCCAGGACUGCGAGGAUGCCCUCACCAACUGGGUCACCUCCAAGGCUGCUGUCCGGUCGAGCUUGUCGACCCGUUCUCGCACCCUCUCCCAGCGCCGCCGCAACAACGCGUCCAAGAACGGUGAGGGGGUGGACUUGGCCAGCCAGGAUCAGCCCAUGAGGGGAGACAGAGAUUCCUGGCUGCCGGCUGACCAGCACCCGAGUUACAACCAGGAAGAAAACGAGCAAUACCAAGACGGUACAGACGAGGAGCCUAUCGAGGUGGCUGGCGCCAACGGAGAGCAGCGUGGCCGCGUAGAGGAGAGGGAAUCCAUCGUCACCGCCUAAGCCUAUCCUACCCUCUGCUCACUCUUCUAUGACUGUCAGAUGACCGCUUCUUCCACUCGCUAUUAUCACUGGUCCUGUAAU